AUGUUUAUAGCUGUUGAUGUCAUGGUUAAUGCUAGGUCUCUAGCAGCUAUAACGAAUUUUGUUUGUUGUGGACUGCUGGACGAGUGUUGUGCUCUCUUAAGUCAUGUGAAUGUCUGUGUAGUGGAUGUUGAAAUGACAAGUGGGGAUAUACAGUUUUCAUACUGUGAUUUUAGUCACGAGGAAGAACACUACCGAGUUACUGCUAGGCCUGAUCUUGUACAUGUUGAAUGUGAAGAAUUCAGGGAAUCCUAUGGGGGUUAUGAAUCGGAUGAGUAUAUAUAUAUGGAAUCUGUUAAGCCAUCAGCAGUGGCGUCAAGCAAGAGCAAGUUGGCUCGCACUUUUGCCAAAGUUCUUCACGUUAGAGCAGUGACCGGAAUUGCACCAGUUGAUGGACUGAAAGUGGAUGCAGAUCUCAACAAUGAAGCAAAUAUGUGUAAGAGAACUAUAAACAAAGAAGAUGAAGAACUUCAGAACAUAAAGGCCACAGAAGCUUUGCUUGCAAAUACUUUUGCUAGCAUAUCAACUGUGAAAGCUUCAUAUGCUCAGCUACAGCAUGCUCAGUCUCCCUAUGACCCUGAUGUAAUUCAAGCUGCUGAUCAAUUGAUAGUCUCAGAGUUUAAGACUUUGUCUGAGCUAAAGCAAUGUUUCUUUAAAAAGCAAUUUGAUCCUUCACCAGAUAGAGCAAUUCUUGAAGCUAAAUUGAAGGAACUAGAGAGUGUCAACAAAACAUUUGAGAUCACAGGAGAGAAGUUAGAAGCACAGGCUCGGCUGAAGGAAUCCGAGAUUUUAUUUCUCCGAGAAAAGCUAGCGGAAGCUAACAUGCAGAACAGAACAAUUGAGAAGAGGUUAAAUCAAAGUGGAUCAUUAUCGGUUCUUGACAAUCUCCACAUGUCGGGAUUAAGUCCUAGCCAUUUUGUUACUGUUCUUCGCCACACGGUUAGGUCCAUUCGGAACUUUGUGAAAUUGUUAGUGAAUGAGAUGAGAUCUGCAUGUUGGGAUAUUGAUGCUUCAGUCAAUGCCAUUACUGAGCAAAAUGUGGCUUACUGGAAAGAAGAUCACAGGUGUUUUGCAAUUGAGUCCUUUGUGUGUAGGGAGAUGUUUGAUUCUUUCAACUUCCCUAACUUCUCCCUACCCAAUGAGUCUCUACCAGAUAGGAGCAAGAGGCAACUGUUCUUUGGGAGGUUCAAUGAGCUAAAAUCUGUGAAAGCAAAGGACUUUCUGGCAGGGAAGCCAAGGUCACCAUUUGCAAAAUUUUGCAGGGUCAAGUUCCUGAGACUUGUUCAUCCCAAGAUGGAGGCAUCAUUCUUUGGCAACCUGAAUCAGAGGAACCUGCUGAAUGCUGGAGAGUUUCCUGACACCAACUUCUUCACCUCAUUUGCCGAGAUGGCCAAGAGGGUCUGGCUCCUACAUUGCUUGGCCUUUUCCUUUGAGCCUCAAGCUUCAAUCUUUCAAGUGGGGAAGGGGUGUAGAUUCUCUGAUGUCUACAUGGAGAGUGUGAAUGAAAAUGAUGAAGAAAUGGCAGUGGAAUCUGAGCCACAAGUUGCUUUCACUGUAGUUCCAGGGUUUAGGAUUGGUAAAACUGUAAUACAGUGCCAAGUCUACCUCUCACAGCACCAAGGCAAAGUAAAAAAAUCAUCAUCCACAAAGCAAAACAGGUAG